AUGAAUAUUUUCAGUGAGUUGUCAUGCCAUGGAGAUGUGGUCGUGACACCUGGCUUGCAGGUCAAUAAGUCAGUGGAGUUAGAGGUCGAGAAAUGUUAUGCAAUAUUGGCAUCCUCAAAUUUGGUUGCUUGUGCAUGCAACAAUGGAGUUGUAAAACUAUUCGCCUCCCGCUCUCUUCAAUAUGCUGGUGGACUAUGUUAUGUUGAAACCAAAAGAUGCAAAGAGUCCAGUUCUAUAGAUUGUGAAACAGGAAGUGGCCAAGUUGAAUUUCAAACUUUGCCUGCAUUUCCAGAUGCCAUUGCUUGUCAAUUCUCGACUUCUGAAAAGCUUGUGGUGGUUUAUAAUGACAAUAGCCUUUACGUAUGGAAUAUUAAUGAUGUACACAAGGCUACCAGGUGUUGUGUGCUCGUCUCACAUAGUGGAUGCAUAUGGGAUAUUAAAAAUGUUCCAUGUGAAAAUCUGCACGAUCCAUCUCUGUAUUGUGUUGCUAAAGGCUGUUCUGGUGGAUUAUCUUUUGCAACAUGUUCAGCUGAUGGUAUCAUUCGGUUGUGGGAUCUUACGGUUCAGUCUACCUCAUCAGACAGUAGUUUGUUUCAUCGUGGGAGUGAUAGCUCUGGUAGAGCCAUGUGUUUAGUGAGUGCUGGCAUCUUUGAACGCGACUCUGUUGCAAAAGAUGUUUCCCCUCAUGGGUUUUGAGCAAUGUCAGUUAGUUCAGAUGGACAGCACCUGGCAGCAGGUGAUUGCCAGGGAAACAUCCAUAUCGUUAAUCUACACACUUCUGAAUAUAUGUUCAUUCAGGAUGCUCAUAGUCUAGAAGUUCUUUCCUCGAGUUUCAACUUGGCAGGAAAGGAUGAUUUUCCUUCUAGUGAAGCUUUAGAAAAUCGCCUCUUUCUUACCUCAGCAG